AAACGAUUGUUAAUGACAUCAUUACAGCAAGACUCUUAUGAAAUUACCAAUUAUAUUGUUGAAUAUCAUCCUCAUCUCUUUAGCAUAAUUAUUGACCAAGGAAAACUGCUAAAAUGCAUUGAAAGUGCAAUUGUAAAUAAUCAACUGGAAGUGUUUAAACAGUUUUUCCAUGAGUUCUGUGUGGAAGAGAAAAUUGAUUACAUUGAGGAUGAAAAUAUUAUCGACGAUAUUGACGAACAAGGCGAGAAUGACACGUUUGGAAUAGAGAUUCCAUUUAAAGAUGAUUGCUGUGAAUAUGACUGGCCAUUUGGCUUUGAACUAGAAAGCAAUGCAGAAAGCGAGGAUGACACGUUUGGAAUAGAGAUUCCAUUUAAAGAUGAUUGCUGUGAAAAUGUUUGGCCACUUCGCUUUAAACUAGAAAGCAAUGCAGAAAGCAUGUUGUACUUAGCAAUACAUUACGGCAACAUAGAAAUGGUAAGUUACAUACUGCAAAAGACGAAUAUCAAAGUUACCGUCAAAUUAAUUGAUAAUUGUAUGGAACAAUCACGAGAAAUCAGAGGAAUUAAUUACGAAAAAUGCAUACCGGUAUUUAAAUUUCUAUUCAAACAAGCCCUCAUUGAGCACGAUGCAGGUCAAGUAGGCAUGGAAUUGUUUUUUAUUAUCAUCAAGCGUGAAUGCGUGUAUAUGUUGCACAGCUUAUUUGAGAUUGGGUUUACUCCAAACAAUAUCAUGAAUCAAUGGGACGCAUUGCAACAGCUUUUGCUUAAGCCGAGUUCUAAAAUUGCGGCCAAUAUACUUGUAUACCUUCAACAACAAUCUUAUUUAGAUUGUUUCGAUACUUUUUACAAAAAGGGUAGAAGUAUUUUUGGUUUCGCAAUUGAAAAGAAACGUUUUCUAGUAGCACAAGCGUUAAUUGAAGCCAAAUUCGGCAACCUUUCUAAUCCAGAAAAAGAAAAUGCUAUUUUGGAUUUACUGCAGCAACAAAUAUUAAAAUAUGGAGGAAAAGUAGUUUCUUCGUUUAUAAGAAAGCUUCUUUUUCAAAGUUCCGUUGAAGGUGAAAUGGCUAAUGAGACGUGGCAUUCGAUCUAUUCCUGCGUUCGUCAAAAGAUGUUGGAUGAAUUCGACCUGAUUGAAAAUUAUAUAGACAAAGAGUUACAAAUUUUAAUCACACAUAAAAAAGCCAAGACCGUUUGUGCUGGUUCAACGGCUGUAACCAACAAAUACGAAGAUCGAUUUAAAAAAGAAAUAAAGGAACAGCACAUUCUGUUGGCCUUAUACGUUCUUUUCGAUAGAGACGUUAUAGCUCAACUAUUGUCCGAGAAGGAACAGAAGUAUGCUAACGAGAUAAUGGAAGAAGUGAACCAAGGCGAUGAAAAAACGGGAAUCGUUCUUGGAGUACAAAAUGGAGUCCCUCAAUUCCUGCAUCGAACAUUUGCAGAGUAUUUCACUGCUUGUUGGUUGUUCGAAAACAGAAAACGAUUUAAAGAUGAAAGCAUUUUUCACUCACAAACGUUUUGGUCGAAAUCGUUAAGGAAAACCCGCGAAUUUUUUGACCGACUUAUACUUCGAGAAAGCAAAGGUUGUGAUUUACACUUGGCACUGGUGAACGGAUCCAAAGAGCAGGUUGAAAAAAUUCUACGCAAUAAUCCUUCUGCAGUUACUGUCCCGGACAUGGUUGGCCGCUUACCAUUGCAUUUUGCACAAUAUUUGAAUGGAUUUUCCGAAUCUGUAACAAAAAGGAUGAUUUGCAAAGAAUAUAAUAAAACUGAUCAGCUUUGUGGAUGGACAGCUUUAGAUUAUGCAUUUUUUCUGGACAAUAAACAUAUUACAAAGGUGCUCCUUCAAAGUGGUGUAAAACCUAAUAUGGACAAUUUGUCAGAACAGGUGUGUUCCAAUCCUAUGAAUGUAUUACUUGAGAUGGCUUUUAAAUAUACGAACACUUUUGUUGAAUUGUUGAAUCGAAUGGAUUUAGCAGAAGAACUAAGCGAACGUGUGGCAAAGAUUCUAAUAGAAGAGAAGAAACUUGAUUUUUUUGCUCCACAUGCAGAGCUAAAUUCUUUUUCGGUGCUGGAAAAAGUUGUAUCUGGAGGUAGUGUUUCUAUGUUUCGUCAGUUAAUUACAAAAUCAGGUCCACAGAAGCUGGGUUUGGAUGAUAAUGCCGAACGAUUGCUACAAUGUAUUCAAAGUGCAAUUGUAAAUAAUCAACUGGAAGUGUUUAAACAGUUUUUCCAUGAGUUAUGUGUGGAAGAGGGAAUCGAAUGCAUUGAGGAUGAAAAUAUUAUCGACGAUAUUAACGAACCAGGCGGGAAUGAUACGUUUGGAAUAGAGAUUCCAUUUAAAGAUGAUUGCUGUUUCGGAAACGAUUUUAUUCGACUAGAAAGUAAUGCAGAAAGCAUGUUGUACUUAGCAAUAAGUUACGUCCACGUAAAAAUGGUAAGUUACAUACUGCAAAAGACGAAUAUCAAAGUUACUGUCAAAUUAAUUGAUAAUUGUAUGAAACAAUCAGGAGAAAUCAGUGGAUUCAAUCACGAAAAAUGCAUACCGGUAUUUAAAUUUCUAUUAAAACAAGCCCUCGUUGACCACGAUGCAGAUCAAGUAGGCAUGAAAUUGUUUUUUAUGAUCAUCAACCAACGGUGCGUGUAUAUGUUGCACAGCUUAUUUGAGAUUGGGUUUGUUCCAAACAACAUCAUGAAUCAUUUGAAUGUAUUUCAACAACUUUUGUAUGAAUCAAAUGAUAAAUACUCGGCCAAUAUACUUGUAUACCUUCAACAACGAUCCGAUUUAGAUUGUUUCUAUACCUUUGUCUACGCGGGUAAAAGUAUUUUUGGUUUCGCAAUUGAACGGAGAUGCUUUAUAGUAGCGCAAGCGUUAAUUGAAGCCAAAUUCGGCAACCUUUCUAAUCCAGAAAAAGAAAAUGCUAUUUUGGAUUUACUGCAGCAACAAAUAUUAAAAUUUGGAGGAGAAGAAAUUUCUACGUUUAUAGAAAGUCGUUUAUCUGAAAGUUCCGUUGAAGGUGAAAUGGCUAAUGAGACGUGGCAUUCAUUUUAUUCCUAUCUCUUCAAUAAAAUACCCAUUGUCUGAUCUGCUAUUUUCAUGUUUAACCAUUGUUUUCCAGUCAUAUAUUGUGGUACUUGAAGCGACCUUAAUUUCACAAUUACAGUACAACUUGAAAUAAACCACGAAGUUAUCAUCAAUUUUAUUGUUAAGUCCCGCAACAACAAGUUAUAAUUAAUAAAUUAUAACCGAUAUGUUAAGGUUAAUUUUCAAACAAGAACUUAUGUACGAUAAACGUGCAUGGUUGCUUUUUACAAAUAAAAUACAUACACAAUAGGAGGUCAAGGAAACAAAAGACACACAAGAAAGUGAGUUGAGAGUGAAUUGACUGCAGGAAACGAAACGAUUCAAUUGAGAAUCAAAGAAUAAGUUUGUAUCGUAUAACAGUUAAGCAUAGAAAUGUAUGAAGAAUAUGAAUAAAACUUGAAAUAAACAAAACGCAUUUAAACAAUA